UGCAUUAUGGGAAAAAGGAGCUAGUCGCCAUCUUGCUUUUGCGCCGCAGGUUAUCAGGGCAGAAUAAUAACCACGUUCGAAUGAAACAUUUUGAGACAUACGAAUGUUUUAGCAAUACAGUUUGAGCAAAUAUUGCAGGUAGUGAGGUGUAAGAGUAUCACUGUGCUAUUUACUGUGUUAUUUCCAACGAUAGAGCUAGCUAACUGGGAACGUUCGACUUGAGGAGGUAACGUUAGCCAUGGGUCGCUCGAGGAGUCGCAGUUCGUCCCGUUCCAAACACUCCAAAAGCAGCAAGCACAGCAAAAAACGGAGCCGGUCGCGUUCAAGGGACAAGGAGAGGUCCAAGAAGCGAUCCAAGUCCCGUGAAGCGAAGAGGAACCGGCGCAGAGAGUCGCGUUCUCGUUCCCGGUCAGCCACAGUCUCGACCCGCAGGGAAAGGGAGAGAGCGGUCACACCGCCGGAGAGAAUCGACAUAUUCGGCAGGACGUUGAGCAAGAGAAGCGCCUUGGACGAAAAACAGAGAAAAGAGGAGGAGGAGAAGAAGGUUGAGAUGGAAAGACAGAGGAAGAUCAACCCUCCCCUCUUUCUCUCCCCACCCAUGCCGUGCAGCCGUCAGGUAGAGAUAGAGGAGAAGCUGAUCGAGGAGGAGACGGCGCGUCGCGUGGAGGAGCUGGUGGCCAAGCGGGUGGAGGAGGAGCUGGAGAAACGUAGGGACGAGAUAGAGCGGGAGGUGCUGCGGCGUGUGGAGGAGGCCAAGCGCAUCAUGGAACGCCAGCUGUUGGAGGAGCUGGAGAGACAGAGGCAUGCCGAGCUGCAGGCCCAGAAGGCCAGAGAGGAGGAAGAAACAUCCAAACGGGAGGAGCUGGAGAAAAUCUUGGAGGAGAAUAACCGCAAGAUUGCCGAUGCUCAGGCCAAGCUGGCCGAGGAGCAGUUACGUAUCGUAGAGGAGCAGAGAAAGAUUCACGAGGAGAGGAUGAAGCUGGAUCAGGAUCGCCAGCGGCAGCAGAAGGAGGAGCAGAAAAUGAUCCUGGGCAAGGGAAAGUCCCGGCCCAAGCUCUCCUUCUCCCUCAAGGCCACCGAAUGAGCCUCUCAUCCCUCCUCUCUUGCACUCCUCCAUCCCCCCCAGUGCUCUCCUUCUCCUCCUCUCUGGAACGCUCGCUGUGUGUUUUUAAGUGUGGAAAGCUGAACGAAGGGCAGCCCACGGCGCUGGAAGAGGCAUGGCUCCUCUCCUGUCACGCACCUCCUUGCUUUACAGACCUUUCCCAACCAAGCCUUAGAGGGAGGAAUGCCCGUACACCGUCUAACACCUGUCUCGCCCCCUGACCCCCCCCUCCCUCUCCUCGGCCUCUCACCCCCCCAGUGACUAUUGUUUGUUCUUUUUGGGGGGGUUUAUUUCCAUUUUUAAGGAUCUGAACUGUCGUGUAGAAAGCUGUCACUACUUGGUUCUGCCCGUACUUAGGUCUUACUUUGAACAGUAAGCAAGCUAGGACAGAAACUCAUAAUUUGUGUGUGUGUGUCCAGUUAAGGCUCAUUAAAACUUUGUGGGUGGUUUGGGAGUUGGCCUGGGUUUUCCUGUGCCGUGUGUAUCUAACGUAGAAAGCUGACAAGGCAGGGGUAACAUAUGCAGUAAAGCACACAGUCACCUCCACUUUAGCUGACAGGAUUGUCUUCCACCUCCCUUCACCUCACAUCUGCUCUGAUGAUUGAUCCUCACGUUUUUACCAAGUUUCUACAAUGUUUUGCUCCUCGAUAGUUUAGCGGCAAAUAGAAAAACCAAGCAUGUGAUCAGACGCUCUGCUGCACAGGUGAACCCAGGCCAAUUCCCAAACUGCCCAUAGAGCGGCUCCGGGGCGCGUUGCAGGAUUGGAACAGGAUAUGAUGCGUCUCAUCCAUGGUCAGGAGGGGGAAGGGGAGUGGGGGGGGGGGGGGCAGACAUUUCCUGUAUGAUGUAAUAUUAGAAUCGCUGUGAUUUGGUGUCCUACUCCUGUAAAAUAGAAAUGAAUCCACACAACAACGAAAGACAAGCGACAGGGAUUUAUAAUCUUGCAUCAUUUUACUGAACUCUUACUGUUCAAUCGCCGAGUGAAUUGUGCUCUCAAGUCAAGUAGACGCUGGAAGCAGUGCACUUCUGUUCCUUAGUUUUGGUGUAGUAUAUUAACCUCGCCCUUAAAGGGUCCCCUUAAAAUGACUAUUGGUUCGUAAAGGAUGUCCAAGUCCAGGUAAGAUUCACUAGCUACAUGUUGAGAUCUGACCAGGUGUAUGUGCAUGUUUGAACGUGUGUGUGUGUGUGUGUGUGUGUGUGUGUGUGUGUGUGUGUGUCAGUAUGUCUGACUGGCUGAUCUCUGGUAGGUUUAAGGGGCUUCUUGAGUAAGUGAAACUUGUCUUGUGGUAAUUUCCUGAUUGUGUUAAUGGGAACUGAACAAUACACCAAUAAAACCAUUGAAUGCGUACAA